UUACUUUGGAACACGUUCAAAUGGAUGAUAGUUUAUACGAGUUGUUCGAAGAAGCUGAAUUUGGACCCGGCGGAGAUGAUGACCUCUUUUCUUUUUUCGAGAGUUUUGAUGGUAACCCGGAAUUUCCACCCUUCCCUCCAUUGGGAGAAACGGCCGUCGCUCGCUGCCCGAAAGACGGUGAAGAAACUACGAUGUCGGUGACCCCAAAGGACUCGUCGGAGCCUGAGCAUGAACCCAAAAGCAAGAAGCCGAAGCUUGCUUCUUCUGAGGAAACAGACGCAGAUGGGCAACAAAGAAUGUCUCAUAUCACGGUUGAACGCAACAGGAGGAAGCAAAUGAACGAGCAUUUAUCGGUUCUCAGAUCGUUGAUGCCUUGCUUCUAUGUGAAAAGAGGCGAUCAAGCAUCGAUUAUCGGGGGUGUUGUGGAUUACAUCAACGAGUUGCAGCAAGUUCUUCAAUCCCUCCAGGCCAAGAAGAAAAGGAAAGUUAUCAACGAAGUGUUAAGCCCUAGGGUAGUUUCAAGUCCAAGACCCUCCCCUCUUAGCCCUCGGAAACCACCAUUAAGUCCAAGGAUUAACUUGCCGAUUAGCCCAAGAACCCCUCAACCAGGUAGCCCUUACAAGCCACGGUUGCACCAAGGUUACCGCUCUCCAGCCAUGACCACUACUCUCGAACCCUCCCCUUCUUCUUCAACUUCCUCCGUAGAGAAUGUUAACGAGCUCGUUGCAAAAUCAAAGUCCCCCAUUGCGAAUGUGGAAGUGAAGUUUUCAGGCCCAAAUCUUAUUCUAAAGACGGUAUCUCCUCCGAUUCCUGGUCAGGCUGUGAAGAUAAUAUCCGCUCUUGAAGACCUCUCAAUGGAAAUCCUCAAUGUCAACAUUAAUACCAUUGAUGAUACCGUGCUUAAUUCCUUCACCAUCAAGAUUGGAAUUGAAUGCCAACUGAGUGCAGAAGAACUCGCACACCAAAUCCAGCAAACAUUCAGCUAAUAAGCAGUCUUCCUCAUAAUAUUUCUACUUUUGGUUUUAGAA